GCUACUUGGCCUACUUAGCUAUUGGGUUCUUUUUCCCUCCAAAUUUUGUUGUGACACUUCUUUCUUCUCUAACACUCCUUAUUCCAUUCCUCGCGUGAUGCAGGCUGCUAUGUUGCCCCCUUCCCACUCUUCCUCCAUCUUCAACCGAAGCAGAUUUUGCACCGGGAGUUGAGUGACUGGGCUCUCUUUCUAUAACAUACCCAGUGUCGUCGUUAAUGGUGAUCUCUACGAGUAAUGGGUUGUGGAGAUUUCUUUGGGGCAGUUGUCAUAUAAAAAUUAACUUUUACAGGCUACUCAGUACUCUGCAUGCGACCGGAGGAGAUGGGCAUGGCCUGUUGGAUUACAACAUCCUCCAACAUCUGAACUCUGAUUCAGCUUCUCCUUUACAGACUCGAAAAACUCAUGCUUCUCUGCUCAAGACUGGUCUCUUUCACAAUGCGCAUCUCAACACCAAGCUCUUGUCACUCUAUGCUAAUAACCUCUGUUUUGUUGAUGCUAACCUCAUCCUCGAUUCAAUUCCAAAUCCUGAUUUGUUCUCCUUCUCCACCCUAAUACACGCCUUUGCAAAACGCAACCAUUCAGCGCAUACUAUCCGUAUCUUUACUCGCAUGUUAGCUCGUGGAGUUGAGCCAGAUAAUUUUCUCUUUCCUAGCGUUGUCAAGUCCUGUGCUGGAUUACUAUCACUGGAAGCUGGGAAACAGGUUCAUGGCUUUGCAUUUGUGUUUGGGUUUUCUUUGGAUGUGUUUGUUCAGUCCUCUUUAGUGCACAUGUAUCUUAAAUGUGGUCAUAUCCGGAAUGCCCACAAGCUGUUUGAUGGAUUGCCCCAACGUGAUUUGGUGUGUUGGAGUGCUCUGAUUUCCGGGUACUCUAAUAGUGGGCAUGCAGAUGAGGCCAAAGAGCUUUUUUCUGAGAUGAGGAAAACAGGUCUGGAACCCAAUAACGUGUCAUGGAAUGGAAUGAUCUCGGGUUUUAAUCGUAGUGGCUUGUAUGCUGAGGCGAUGGCCAUGUACCAGAGGAUGCAUUCAGAAGGUUUUCUUCCUGAUGCUUCUAGUGUUUCUAGUGUUCUUCCUGCUAUUUCAGAAUUUGAAGAUUUAAAUAUGGGAGUCCAGAUUCAUAGUUAUGUGAUCAAGCAAGGAUUUGGGUCAGAUAAAUGUGUAUUUAGUGCACUUAUUAAUAUGUAUGGGAAAUGUUCUUCUGUACUCGAGAUGUCCCAAGUUUUUUAUGAAAUGGAUCAAAGGGACAUUGGUUCCGUGAAUGCUUUUAUUACAGGGCUCUCACGAAAUGGUCUAGUUGACAAUGCACUGAAGGUGUUUAGAAGAUACAAGGGUGAAGGAGCAGAAUUAAAUAUUGUGUCUUGGACAUCAAUGAUUGCGAGUUGUUCUCAAAAUGGAAAGGAUAUAGAUGCUUUGGAACUUUUUAGGGAGAUGCAAGUGGAAGGGGUGAAACCUAAUGCUGUUACAAUCCCAUGCUUGCUUCCUGCUUGUGGCAAUAUUGCAGCACUAAUGCACGGUAAGGCAGCCCAUUGUUUCUCCCUUAGAACAGGGAUCUUUAAUGAUGUAUAUGUUGGUAGUGCAUUGAUUGACAUGUAUGCAAAUUGUGGGAAAAUACAAUUGUCUCGGCUUUGUUUUGAUAAAUUGCCCACUAGAAACUUAGUUUGUUGGAAUGCCAUUAUGAGUGGAUAUUCAAUGCAUGGGAAAGCUAAAGAAACCAUCGAGCUAUUCCAUAUGAUGCAGAAGAGUGGACAGAAACCUGAUUUUAUCAGCUUUACUUGUGUGUUAUCUGCAUGCAGCCAGAAUGGCCUAACAGAUGAAGGAUGGUAUUAUUUUACAAACAUGUCGAAAGAUCAUGGUAUAAAGGCGAGGUUGGAGCAUUAUGCUUGCAUGGUUACACUUCUCAGUCGUGCGGGAAAACUUGAAGAUGCAUAUUCCAUGAUAAUGGAUAUGCCCGUUAAACCUGAUGCUUGUGUUUGGGGAGCAUUGCUAAGUUCUUGUAGAGUACACAAUAAUGUUAAUUUAGGUGAGAUUUCAGCUGAAAAACUCUUCAAGUUAGAACCAAGAAAUCCAGGAAACUAUGUUAUUUUAUCUAAUAUUUAUGCCACAAAGGGCAUGUGGAGUGAAGUAGAUAGAGUUAGGGAUAUGAUGAGUCAGAAGGGUCUUAGAAAGAACCCUGGCUGUAGUUGGAUUGAGGUUAAAAAUAAAUUGCACAUGCUUCUUGCGGGAGACAAAUCACACCCUCAAAGAAAGCAAAUUAUUGAAAAGCUGAAUAAAUUGAGCAUGGAGAUGAAGAAAUCUGGUUAUUUUCCCAACAUGAGCUUCGUGCUUCAAGAUGUAGAGGAACAAGAGAAGGAACAUAUUUUAUGUGGACACAGUGAGAAGUUGGCUGUUGCAUUUGGACUGCUUAACACUCCUCCAGGGUCUUCUUUAAGGGUGAUAAAAAACCUAAGAAUCUGCGGUGAUUGUCAUGCUUUUAUAAAAUUCAUAUCCGGCUUUGAAGGAAGAGAAAUAUUUGUUAGAGACACUAAUCGCUUCCAUCAUUUCAAAGAUGGAGAUUGUUCUUGCGGGGAUUAUUGGUGAGUUGCUGGUCUGAUCCAGCAAAGAUGGCUAUCUCAAAGAAUGAAGUAUUUCACCGCUUUAUGUCUGUGCAGUACAACAUUGAGAAAAGACAAGUACCCCCAUAAUAACCCGAAGGUGCUCAAGGUAGUGAUGAUGCUCAUGGGAUUUGCUCUGCCUCUCCUCCCUUUGGUUACCUUCUGUGGCAGUGCGAGGAGUUCGACUUAUCAGCGGCAGGAGGUUGGGGUCCAUGUGUGCGAAUUUAGUGCUUCUUUAGGUGGACUUCGAUUUGGUGCAGGAGAUGCCUCCUUCGUUUUGUGGCUCGCGGAUUUGAAGGGUCAUCGUACUGGUGGGAACUUUGCAAAUCGGAGGGGUGGCAAGUGGCUGAUGCAGUGUGAUUCUGGUGUAUCUUGUUGUUUCUGGGGUUGGGUGGUCCUCUGGCCGAGUGGAUGGAGUUUGGAGGGGUUGGAUGUCGUGGAUCUCGGCUAUGUUGUCACUUGUGAUUUUAUUUUGAUCUUUUGUUGUUAUAGGUUUUCUAUUGUUGGUUUUUUUUUUGAAUAAAAAGAUGAUACUUCAUUAAAAUCUAUCAGCUUGUAAUACAUCCAACAACUCCUGAGGA